GAAAUGGACGAGUGUCUGUAUGCACAUACAUACAUGCGCACGUACGAAGGAAGUCCAACACACGACAACUGCCACUCGAUAACCUUCCCAUCCCCGCACCACGCAAUGGCACGGCAGGCCACCCACCCACCUCACACCGGCAAAAGUGUGUCGUCCAUCCACCCCACACACGCCGAUGCAGCCAGCUUGGAGGUGGGUAUCAGCCCGUAGAUGACAGCCAGACGGAUGAACCAUCCCAUCACCACCCAUUCAGCUGUCGACGUGCCUUGUUUCCGGCACAUACGCCGCCCGGAUCAAGUAGCCGCUUAAGCAGAGGCGUCCGGAAUAGCCUCAGUCGACGCGCAAAAUGGCUGCACAAACGAAGCACCGCAACAAGGAGGCCGCAAAACGCACCCGAGGCUGUUGUGCGGGAGGGGUGCAUAAGUGCGGUCGACACCGAUGACACCGGUGAGCGAGUGGCGGGCGAGGAGGGCGUCGAUACGCUCCAGCAGAAGAGCUACAUUGACGAUGGAUGUGCCGAGGGCCCGAGAGGUGCUGUGGAGAGAGGCCGCAUCGGGCAGGGGGAGGCAUUCCACGACAGGCACACGCCACAGCUCCACGGGCAGGGCAGCAAAUACGCCAUAAAUCGCACCAAUCCAAUCAAUCAGCGCAGCCAACACGACGGCCGUCAGUUUUGCAGACACACGGCAGCUCCCGUGACGAUCAACAAUGCGCCAGCAAGACCGACUGAACACACAAGCAGUACAACACGCACAUGAGCGGCUGCCCUGCCCUGCCCUGCUCUGCUCUGUGCUCUGCGGACCUACCUGGGUCAGUGAAUGUCUGCAGGAGCUGUGUGUCGAGGCAGACCUCAGUGAUGUACGUGAACAGAAAGGAAAGGCUGUUGGCCAGCGGCACAGCCACGGGCAACUCUGCACACGCACAUACACCACACGCACACGAGUGUGAUGCAUGGCAGUGGAGGGACUGUCUGUGGUGCUGUGCUGACUGUAGUCUCUCAGUAGGAAGUAGUAGAGCACACUGCCCACCUGGUUCAGCAGAUAUGGCACGAUGAACUGAAUGAACAGACACACGCAGGCACACAUACACAUACACACGUACGGUUCGACAACGCCGCUCGGCUCGUUGGCCUUGUUGAUGCUCUCACAUCUCACCUUGGUGUUUGUGAGCAGCCUCAGCGUCCUCUUGAGGAUGUGUUCUCCUUGCGGGCUGGUGUCAUGUGUAUCAUUGCACUGCAGGAAGGGUGACGUGACGCCCCAUAUGGCACCCACCAGCAGGAGCGCCGCCCUCAUCCGCCUCCCUCACCAGCAGUAGGCAUGGAAGCCCGAUCUUUCAUCAGAAGUGACUGACAAUGAAUCCUCUGUCAUCCGGUAGACGUGUGUGCCUCAGAUCAGCCCCUUUUCGCCCUCUUCAGAGAGAGAGCGG